CCUUCUUCCUCCUCCAGCCUCCCGCAACACAACGGGCUAAGCCAAGCCUCCUGCGACGAGAGAGAGGCUCCGCGCAUCCAUGGUCUGGCUCCCACGGCCAUGGCCAAGGUCUCUUGAGGCUUGGCCUUGAAGACUUUGGCCAUGUCCAUGGUGGCCAUGGCAUCUUGGGAAGCGAAGUUGCAGAUCGAGAUCGAGAUGGCUAAUGUUGGCAUCUCGAGUUUCCCUUGUGUAUUUCGUUCUCGAUUCGUUUGAGUAGUUGGAUCUGCAUCUGGGUUUCAUAUCGAUUUGUGUUGUGUUCAUCUCAGAAAUUCAGUUUUCCCCGUCGCACAGCUCGUCAGGCGAGAUGGAUGCGCCGUCUGAUCUCGACCUAGUCCACGGUUUUUCUUUUUCUUUUUUUCGAUCUUUCUUGUUGGGCUUUUCUUCCUUUCGGCCCGACUUCUCUUUUGGGCUCGCUCGUGCUGGCUUUCCAUUUGAAAUUUCAUCUGGGCUGGGCUGCUUUAUAACUAAAUCUGGGCUCUGGACCUGCUUUAUAACUAGAUGUGGGCUGUUAUGGGCGAAGCCCGGCCUUUUUGGGAAGUGGCUGAGGCGCCCUACCUCUCUCUCUAUAUAAGGACGCCCAUUUCGCCACCGCCCCCUAAACCCUAAACCCUGAGGCGAAGGGGGCGGUGGCGGCGGCGGCGGAGAGAGUCGAGCAGGCAGCGCCCCCAUCUGGUUUCGACAACUCCGACGGCCAUGGCGCUCAGGGCUGUUUUAGGUGCUGCCUUCAGGGGCGUUCGAUCUGCCCGCCAGCACUCUCUGGGGGUCACCAGGUACCCCGUUGACCCCAUCUCUGUCUGCUAUUUCACCAGCGCUAGAUCUGCCCAGGUUCACCCUUCGUUGUUGCAUUUCAGGACUGUGGAGGUAUCUGGUCCCAAGAUCUCUGCGUCCCGCUCCCCUUGGCUCGUUGGUUCCCGGUUCUUCUCCACUAAGGAAUCGGACACUCUUCUCAGGGAAAGUAUUAAGAAUGGAGUCCACAGGGGGUUAAAGGAAGCCCUUGCCAAAAAUGAUGGCAAAUCAGUUUUAAAGCUCUCUGUAAUUAAAUCUGGUGUGAAUGCUGGGGUUAAGGAAUCUCUGAAGGAAUACCAUGUUUUCAUUGACUUUGCUGAAUCCGAUUUGCGUCCUGAGGUUAAGUCGGCCAUUGAGGAGUCCGUGCUUCAAGGUCUUGAUAACUUUGUGCUUCAGUUGCACAAGGUACCACCCCAGGGAGGACAGCUAAAGGGCCCUUACCUUCUUAAGUUAGCUCUUAAGGAAGCUAUUGAUGAAGGGAUGGAUGUGAUUUAUCAAAAGUUCAGUGUUUAUGUUGGUCGAGGCGUGGACCUUCUCGUCAGGGACCUCGCAUUGAUCAAGGAGCAGACCAAGGGUACUGAUUUUGUUCAGGCUUGGUGUUCCCGCCUUGCCCAUCAGUGGCUUAACAAAGGUUUCAUAAAUUUUGUGGAUAAAUCGUGGACGAUUCUCCCGUAUGUUGCCGGCGUGUACCUGUUCGUCCUCUUUGUGAAGACCCUUGUUGAGAGUGGCAUACCACCCUGGGAAUACCCUGAUUUUCUCAACUUCUACCGCGUUUAUGGGCUCACCUCGGCCAUCGCCUUCUACCAGGAUGAAAAGAAGAAAAAGGAGGAGGCGGCGGCUGCUGGCGAGAAGUAGAGUUCUCCAUCUGUCUGUACUGCUCGAACCAAGUUGAAGUCCGAUGUCAGUUUUCGGUUGGUGCCUUGCGCAGAACCUUUUUGCUGAAUGUUUGGUGCCUUGGGCAAAGUCUUCUUUAGUGGGAACUUGGUUGAUAGCUUUUGGCUGAAUGUUUGGUGCCUAGCAGUAACUAAUCUAGAUUGCGAGCUCGGUUGCUGGAGUGUUUUUGAUAACUGUUCUGUGUUGUUAAAAUGGUGCAUCUUGAAUUUGCUUUUUUGCA